GGGAACUCACCGUCGCUAAUAUUGGGCUGAACCUCUGCCCGGGACGGACGGCACUGAAAAGACAGAAAACGUCGGUGUCUGAGUCCAGCGGUUCCCCGACUGCAGCAGCAUUUUACGAGAACCGUCUGCUGGCGAACACGCGGACAGAGCUGAAUGCGGGCGCUCUCGGGAUGUACGGUUCCCCGUACGCAGCAGCGGCCGCCGCCAACCAGAACUACACCAACUACUUAUCUUACAGUACCGACGCCUCAUCUCUCCUUUCCACGUUGAGCCCACAGUACGAUAUUAAGGAUGGAGCAGGGGGAUUGCAUUCUGGAAUCACACAAACUGCAGCUUACUACCCCUAUGAGCGCUCUCUGGGGCCAUAUCAAUGCGACAGGUAUGGGACUAUGGAUUUCAAUGGGUCAGCCAGGCGGAAAAAUUCCACCAGGGAGACUACCAGCACCCUAAAGACAUGGCUCUACGAGCACAGGAAAAACCCCUACCCCACAAAGGGUGAGAAAAUCAUGCUGGCCAUAAUAACCAAAAUGACCCUCACGCAAGUGUCCACAUGGUUCGCCAACGCCAGGAGAAGGCUAAAGAAAGAGAACAAGAUGACCUGGACCCCAAAAAACAAAGCAGGCGAUGACAGGAAGGAGAAAAGUGAUCAAGACUCUGUCAACAAAGACACCAAAUACUGCAAGGAGGAGAGCGACCUUCAGCCGCUUGACGUCCAGGCCUGCGACAGGGUUGACGGCGGGUGGGAGGAGCCAGGCCUCCAGCGUGCCGUGACGCCACAGCUCCUGAGGAGAGACUGCGCUGGCGCCCUGUCCUUCCCCGGCAGCUCUGGGCCCCUGGGCCCCGCCGUGUCCGGGCCCCUGCCCGCCCCGCCCACGGCCAGGCUCGCGCUCCUCCACGGGCAGGAGAAGCCCCGAAUCUGGUCGCUGGCCCACACGGCGGCCACGGGCCUGGUACUCGGCCCCCGCCCUGGCAGCCAUUUUAGUUCUGGGAGCGCUGGUCUGGACUGCCCGUCGGCAGCUGUGCGGCUGGCCCCGCCCGGGGGCGGGCGGUGCGGGGCGCUGGAGAGCCCGGACACGGCGAGCCCGUCCGGAGUGGACUCCUGUUUCCAGGCGGGCCGGCCGUGUGGAGACGAGGUCUACGCCGCGGCGUCCGGCGUUAGCUGUGAGCCCCUGCGUCUCCACGGCUCGCCCCACCCGGCGCUGGCCGACGCGUGCCAGUACUCGUCCGCUAAAGGAUUUCCGAACGGCAGGAAAACUGAAGCAGAAUGCGCAGUGCUAAGCGACACGUGUGUAGCUCUGCAGGAAGGCAAGCUCCCAGCCUCCAGGCCAGGGGUGCCCAGGUGAGGCAGGUUGGCCGGGGAGCAGCCAAUAAACACUGAGCCAUCUUAAUUAUGCACUGAGGGCCAGAUACAAAGGAAAGCGACCCAAACCAUCUACGAACCGGCCAGUGUUUAAACAGCCGACUUAAACAGAC